AUGCAGUCAAUUACGUUAUCGGCAUUCAUUGCCAUCUUGAUCACUGUUGUUCAGGCGCAACUGCAAGCAGGGAUUCACAAGGACGAUCACAAACGCAAUGGGAGCAUUUUGUACUCAAAUGAGCUAGACAUUUCAGUCCCCAUACCUGUGCUUCCGAUUCCUGGCUUAAGUGGCCUCGGUACCGUCAACAACUGGAAUGGACAGCUACCAGGUUUGCCAUUACCCCAACAAUGGCCUUCUCAACGGCUGGAAUGGUCAAGGCAC